AUGCUCUUCUCAGCAUCCACCGAUAAAACUGUGGCAGUGUGGGAUAGUGAAACAGGCGAGAGAGUUAAAAGGCUAAAGGGGCAUACUUCCUUCGUGAAUUCCUGUUAUCCAGCUAGGAGGGGCCCCCAGCUUGUCUGCACUGGCAGUGAUGAUGGUACAGUUAAGCUUUGGGACAUCCGGAAGAAAGCAGCCAUUCAGACAUUUCAGAAUACAUACCAGGUGUUAGCUGUGACCUUCAAUGAUACAAGUGAUCAGAUUAUUUCUGGUGGAAUAGACAACGAUAUAAAGGUUUGGGACCUGCGCCAAAAUAAGCUGACUUACACCAUGAGAGGCCAUGCGGAUUCAGUGACUGGCCUGAGUUUAAGUUCUGAAGGCUCUUAUCUCUUGUCCAAUGCAAUGGACAAUACAGUUCGUGUCUGGGAUGUCAGGCCAUUUGCCCCCAAGGAGAGGUGUGUGAAGAUAUUUCAAGGAAAUGUACACAACUUUGAAAAGAAUCUUCUGAGAUGUUCUUGGUCACCCGAUGGAAGCAAAAUAGCAGCUGGCUCAGCUGACAGGUUUGUGUAUGUGUGGGAUACCACCAGCAGGAGAAUAUUGUAUAAGCUGCCGGGCCAUGCUGGCUCCAUCAAUGAAGUGGCUUUCCACCCCGACGAGCCUAUCAUUCUCUCAGCAUCCAGUGACAAGAGACUAUACAUGGGUGAGAUUCAGUGAAGAUACGGGGUGGAAGACUACAAGGCUGCUUGACGGUGAGACCUCAGACGGCACAAGUGGCGUCACAUGUUGCCCAGGCGAGCAUCCUCCCUUGAUAUGACCGUCAUGAACAAGAAACAGGAGGCAGUGGCCAUAUUCCAAAAAACACUUCUAUCCCAUUUCACCAGGAAGCUCCCAGUGGCCUCUAAAAACCACCUGUCAGAUUUCAGGGACUUUUUUUUUAAAUAUGUUUUCUUCAAAGGGACAGAUAUUGAUUGGUUUGUAGUUUCCUGUUUUCUAAUCCAGGCCGAAGACAGGGAAUAUGACAAAUCUGUUGGUUGGGAUUUUUUUUUUUUUUAUUCAGCAUCUGGCUUGUAUGAUAUGUUCUUUCUGUGUUUCUUUGAGUCAUUUUAUAUUAAAAGCCAAAUAGAUGUCUUUUUACAAGA